AUGGACAGUGAUGUGGAAUAUGAUAUACUUAAACCGAUUGAUGAAGAAGAAAGAAUAAGAUUACAAAAUAAGUUGAAUGAAAAAAGGAUAGAAUUAGAAGAAAAAAAAAAAUAUUUAGAAGAAUUAAAAAAAUCUAAUGAAAAUGGAAUAUUAGAUAGUAGUAAAAUUACAAACAUUGAUGAUAUUCCAGACCCUGAUGAAAUGGUAAAAAAAUUUAUUGAGGAAUUACAAAAGGAACAAGAUGAAGAUGAAAUAAAAUUGAAAGAUCAAAUAAAAGAUAAUAAUCAUAAUAAUAUGAGACAUAUUGAAAAUCAUCGAAUUAAUAGAAAUGCAAAAUCAGAUAUGUUUCAUGGAAAACAAAGAUCUAUUGAAGAAUAUGUAGAUAAAUCUUUUCUUUUUAAAAAAAAAGCAUCUGUAAAAAAUUUUAAUUUUAAAAUUAAUAAAAUAAAUGAAGAAAAAUAUAUACACAUCGAAAAAAAAAUGAUAACAAAUUUUGAUAAAUCAGUUCAAGUCGAUAUAAUAUCUGAAAAUGAUGAAAAAAUUAUAGACACAAAAAAUAGCAUAAAAAUAGGUUCUAAAAAUGGGUUUGAAAAAAUAAAGGGAUGUCAAAUUAAGCCAGCAGGAACGGACAAAAUAAUUGGCGAUGAAGGUGAAAGUGGGGAAGUUGAAAGGGGGCAGGUUGAAGAGGACAAGGGAAGCCCAAGAAUUGACGAGGAAAGACAACGUAACAUAAUAAAGAGCAAAAGUUUUAAUCAGUUUAUUGAAAAAUGUUCAAAAAUAAUAGAAAGAUAUAUGGGGGAACAAGAAAUGUUUAAUACUACAUUAAACUUUGAUACAAACAAAUUUAAAAAUAAAUCUAAAGAUUCAUUAAAUUGGGAAAAAUUAAAACUUAUAAAUAAAUAUUAUUGUAAAACAUAUACUAAUAAUAGACCAAUAACAGAUGUAAAAACAUGUAAUAUAUAUAGUGAAUUAUUUUUAGCAUCUUAUGGUGCAUCUGAAACAGGUUCUUAUUACGACCCUGAUGGGUAUGUACUAGUUUGGAAUAGCUUAAUGAGUAAUCGACCUGAAUAUACACUUAUAUCUCAAUCACCUGUAUGUACAUGUUUAUUUAAUAAGUUUAAUCCAUAUAUAGUUAUAGGAGGUACUUAUACAGGUAAUAUAUUAUUAUGGGAUAUAAGAAUAAAUCAAAAAAAAUCUAUACAUAAAACAAUAUUAUCUUCUCAAGGACAUUUACAUCCUAUAUAUUGUGCAGAAAUUAUAGGAACACAAAAUUCUCAUAAUUUAAUAAGUAUCGACACGGAUGGGAGAUUAUGUAACUGGUCAUUGAGUAUGCUUACCUAUCCAUCUGAUAUAGUUGAUUUAAAAAAAGCAAAUAAAGAAAUAUCAUGUUCUUGUUUUUCAUUUCAAGAAGGGGAAAUAAAUACAUUAUAUGGUGGAGCAGAAGAUGGUUCAAUAUUCCAAGCACAAAUACAUGGAAAUAAAACAGGAAUAACAGAAACUUAUAAUAUGCAUAGUGGCCCAUUAACCUCAAUGCAAUUUCAUCCAUUUAUCGAAGGAAUGGAAGAUAAUAAUGAUCUUAUGCUAACUUCAUCUGUUGAUUGGACGUGUAAAUUACUUAGUAUUAAAAAUCCAGAAAAUGUUUUAUUUACAUUUGAUGGAUUUGAUGAUUAUAUAAUGGAUAUAAAAUGGAGUCCUGUACAUCCUGGUAUAUUUGCAACUUGUACUAGUAACUCUAAAAUACAAUUAUGGAAUAUUUCUAACGAUAUUGAAAAUUCUUAUUAUGAAACUGUUCUUGAUGUAAAAGCGGUUAAUAAAAUUGCUUGGUCAUAUGAUGGAAAAAAAUUAAUUGCUGCAGAUUCAAGUGGAAUCUUAACAUUAUGGAAUACAUCUAGUGAUAUAUAUCAACCUAGAUCUGAUGAAAUUGCAAAAUUUGAUAAACAAAUUGAAAAACUUAAAUCAAACUACACAGAAUUUGAUCUUCCCGAAGUGGAAGGUGUCUAA